UACAAAUAUAAAAAAUAAAAUAAAAAGCAAGAGCCUUGAUUUUCAAUUUGAGCUGUUAAUCAAGUUAAAGAGAAGAUGGGCAGAAAAUUCUUCGUCGGUGGCAACUGGAAAUGCAAUGGAACGACUGCAGAGGUGAAGAAGAUUGUUACCACAUUGAAUGAAGCUGAAGUCCCUUCAGAAGAUAUUGUGGAGGUUGUUGUGAGCCCUCCAUUUGUGUUUCUUGCUUUUGUUAAGAGUUUGUUGCGGUCUGAUUUCCAUGUUGCGGCACAGAAUUGUUGGGUUCGCAAAGGUGGUGCUUUUACCGGAGAGGUUAGUGCGGAGAUGCUGGUGAAUUUGGGCAUUCCAUGGGUCAUUCUCGGUCAUUCUGAAAGAAGACUUAUUCUAAAUGAGUCCAAUGAGUUUGUCGGCGACAAGGUUGCUUAUGCACUUUCUCAAGGCUUAAAAGUUAUUGCUUGUGUUGGGGAGACUCUUGAGCAACGAGAAUCAGGAUCGACAGUGGCUGUUGUUGCUGCCCAAACAAAAGCAAUAGCAGAAAAAGUAUCGAGCUGGGAGAACAUUGUUUUGGCGUAUGAACCAGUUUGGGCAAUUGGGACUGGGAAGGUUGCAAGCCCUGCUCAGGCUCAGGAAGUCCAUUUUGAGUUGAGAAAAUGGCUUCAGGACAAUGUUGGUGCUGAAGUCGCUGCAUCAACCAGAAUUAUUUAUGGAGGUUCUGUAAAUGGAGCAAACUGCAAGGAAUUGGCAACACAGCCAGAUGUGGAUGGAUUUUUGGUUGGCGGAGCUUCCCUUAAGCCGGAGUUCAUCGACAUUAUCAAGUCAGCUACAGUGAAGAAGAAUGAUUGAGGUCAGAGAAUGUCCAUCUAGCUUGUUGCCAAACUUGAGUUAUAAACUUCUGUUGUUAAUACUUGUCAAAAAAGACUUGUACUGUAUUAUUACUUGCCCAAAAAAACCUUGUAGUUGUGUUGCCCAGCACAUUCUCGACGUAAUAAGUAAGAAUUCCUUGGUACUGAGUUUACUUUCAAUUAAGUGGAAAUAUGAUUGUGAAUUUGAUAAGUCAA